UGCAGUUUACACGCGCUCCGCUUGAUAGUACCUAUAUAAGCACCGGUUUCGGCGCACGUGCAGCGAGACGUGCAUUAAAGUUAAACCACAUUGACAAAUAAAAAGUUAUUACUACAAUAUGUGCGGACUUUGGGCGCUUUUCGGCUUUGAAAACGAUUCUUUGACGUGCGUGUGUGAUAACUUUACGAAGAUAUCCCACAGGGGACCUGAUGCUUUCAAGAUCGAACAUGAUAGCCGCGUAAAGAACGCUUACCUCGGAUUCCACAGGCUGUCCAUUGUCGAUAGCCUCUGUGGUAUGCAGCCCAUAAGGCUGUACCAGUAUCCCCUUCUGUUUUUGCUUUGCAAUGGAGAAAUCUACAAUUGUAAAAGAUUAGGAGAGGAAUAUGGCUUUCAAUUUUCAACCAAAUGUGACAUAGAAGUACUUUUACACGUUUAUGCGACCAAAGGUCCAGAUGCCGUGUGUAGAUCUUUAGAUGGGGUUUUUGCAUUUUGUUUAUUGGACGUUGAAAAAAAGAAAAUUUUAAUUGGCCGAGAUCCGUAUGGUGUAAGACCUCUUUUUAGAUUUUCUACUCCUGAUGGGCAAUUGGCUGUGUCAUCAGAGAGCAAAGCUCUAGUGGGUAUUGCUAAAUUAUUGAGUAACGAUGAUUUUGUGGAACCGUUUCCUCCAGGCACAUACGAAGAGUAUGAUAUUUUAGAAAAUGGUCUCGUGAAACUUUUUAGGAAAGAAAAGUACCAUGAGCCAGGCCAGAAGCCCAGUUUCACUCCUUUUGUUCCUUGGAAUGAAAUUAGCUCCGAAAAUGUUCACGAAAAUGUAAGAAAAUUAUUUUCCGCUGCUGUGGACAAACGUUUGAUGGCUGAUAGGAGGAUAGGUUGUUUGCUAUCAGGUGGCCUGGAUUCCAGUUUGGUUGCUGCCCUACUCGUCAAAUAUUCGAAAGAGCGCAAAUUUUCAUAUAAAAUUCAAAGCUUCUCAAUUGGCAUGGAAGGCAGUCCAGAUAUCUUGGCAGCCAGACAGGUUGCUGCACACAUCGGCACAGAUCACCACGAAAUAAUCAUAACACAACAGGAUAUUUUGGAAGUUCUUGACAAAGUUAUUUAUCAACUUGAGACUUUUGACAUCACUACAAUCAGAGCUUCCAUUGGAAUGUACUUAAUCUCGAGGUACAUUAAAAAAAACACCGAAUCCACAGUGAUAUUUAGUGGAGAAGGUGCUGAUGAACUUGCACAAGGUUACAUUUACUUUAGAGAUGCACCAAGUGCCUACGACGCUCAUAUCGAGUCUCUGAGACUAUUAAAAGAUAUUUAUCUGUAUGACGGCCUACGUGCUGACAGAACAACCAGUGCCUUUAGCUUGGAACUAAGAGUUCCAUUUUUGGAUUUGCAAUUUACCAACUACUAUCUUUCUCUUCCUUCAACCGCGAGACAACCACAAAACGGCGUUGAAAAACAUUUACUUAGAUCUGCAUUUGAUAAAACUGGCUUGCUACCGUCAAACAUUUUAUGGAGGGGUAAAGAAGCAUUUAGCGAUGGCGUUACGUCCGUUAAAAAAUCUCUGUUUCAAAUCAUUGAUGAAAUCGUACAGGAUAAAGUUAAAGACGAUGAACUGGUAAAAGCAUAUGAAACAUACCCUCACUGUACUCCAAAGACUAAAGAGGCCUACUAUUACAGGUAA